UGCCCAAAAGUGCUUAUCUUAAAUAAUUUAUUUUCGGAAUGUGGGAAGCUGUAAUGCAAUUUCUUACGAUGUAGAAACAACAUCAUUUUCUGAUGAAAAGAUUUGAUCUUCAGCCCCUGAAGUGAUGGCGAAGAAACCCCGUUGACAAGGCAAACCACAUUGGCGUAACAAGAUGUCCGCAGGACAAGGUAUUCAAUGUGGCUUCUCUUGGAUCAGACUGAGACGGAUUCCAUAGCCCAGUCCGAUUUAAGUGUUCCCUUCGCUCGAUAUAUUGGACUGGAGAGACUCGGGACUGCGAGCUUGCCUUUGCAUAGGAUGAGGUUCAUUGAUGAUGUCAUGCUCUUCCAUUACGGCCUGGACUUGGCGUCACGCCACGCAAUUUGAACUCUGGACUGUUUUGGGCAGUUGCUAGAGCCUGCAUAAGACAUCCAUCAAUUUGUCAUGGAUGAUGAAGAUGGCAGGUGUUUGCUGGAUGUUAUUUGUGACCCUCAAGCCCUGAAUGACUUUCUGCAUGGAAGUGACAAGGGCCAGCUAGCAUUGGCCAGUGAAGGAAUCAACAGCCAGGUGCCCUCAUCCACCAGCUGCGUUGACAUCUCCUUCCUUGAAGAUGACAUCCUUGGGUCACCAGGUAGUUCUGGCAUUCAGCAGAAUGCAGAGGAGCCCUGCGAUAUCUUGCAGCAGAGUUUGCAGGAGGCCAACAUCACGCAGCAGACUUUGCAAGAGGAAGCUGACCUGGCAGCCAGCGUGCUACAGAUACAACCCUACUCCCACCCACACCCUGCAAGCCAACCUGCUGAGGGCAACCCCCAGCUCCUGGGGACCAUUGGCACAGACUUCAGUGGGUUAUCCCAGCAACAGCAAACUGCCAUAAUCACACAGCAGCCUCUGCUUCAACAACCAGUGAAUACUCAGUUUGUCAAUAAAACCAUUAGCGUGCAACGCUUGAUUCAGCAAGUUGGAUUGAAUAGUGUUGCAAUACAACCGAUAGCCAGCAUUCAGACCAAUGGCAGCCCCAGAGCCUGUGGCAUUGGACAGAUUCAGAUGGUUGACCAGCAUGGUGGUCAAGCUACCGUAAUGCCUGUUGGUCACCACCAUCAGCAAGGAUUAUUCGCUAAACCUGGCCUGACAUCCCAGAUGUCUGCCCUUCCUUCAGAGAGUUACCUUUCUGCCUCGCCUUCAGAGUGUCAGGUGACCCUAAGCUCAUCAAUUUCUUCACAGUUCCAAAAGACUGUCACAAGCGCCAAUCUAAAUGGAAAUUCGCUGUUUGCCAAUGCAAAUCUCACACAAUCAACACAACAGGUUGUUGCUAGGCCAACGAUCAGUAACCAGGUGGUUCACACCCCAGUAUUGACCCAAAUUAUUCAGAGGACUCCGACUCCAAUUCAGCCAAAGCACCGUGUGAAUAUCCAACCCAAACUCGUCCAGAUAAGUCCAAAGCCUUCAUUCAACCCAAACUCUUCUGCUCUUCAGACAGCAUUAAAAAUUCAAACAGAAACCACCCUGCAGCAACAGAAAACUCAACAGAACUUGACUUUUGUAGCAGGAGCCUCGGGUCAGAACGUCCUGCUAUCAACGCAAGGCCCAGCAGUUGCUCAGACUAUUGCUGCCAAUCUGAUCAAACAACAACCUCAACAAGUGCAGUCCAACGUGGGCAAACCAGUCAGUGUUCAAGUUGUAAACCAGGGGAGUAGUAUAGUAAUCCAGCCUCAAUCAGUACCUCAGGCUGUGAUCCCAGGUCAAAGCCAGUUUAUUUUACCAGGGCAACUGGCCAACGCAGCAGCAGGCAGUAUUCCCCAGCAACUUCCUGCAAUUCAACCUGGAACUGUCUUGACCGGCCAAAGUGCAGCAACACCGAAUCUCCCUGGACAGCCAGCCGCCAAUCACGUUAUGGGGUGUCAGGCAUCUUCUAGUCAACUAGUCAGCAGCCAGUCCUUAUCUGCACAGAUCCUGACUGCUCAGCAUGUGGCGGGACAAUUGAUUACCGGCCAGGCUAACUUUGGCCAGGUUUUUGCAGCGUCAAACACACAGCUGACGGUUGGCCAAGGAACAGCGCAUAUUUUAUCUGGACCUUUGCAACUACGGCCCAGCCAGCUGGCUCCAUCUACACUAUUUCAGAUGCCCACCCAGCUAGGUGCUGGCUUUUCUUCACAGUCGCACCCGUCUGGUCAACGCAUGGUAGUACAGCCUGGCCCAACUGUCGUACAGGGUGUCUCAUUGCCAAAUCAGAUAACUGUGCUCAACAACACUGGCCCUUUAGGACCAUCUAUGAAUGUUCAGCAGGUGAGCACCAAUGCCCCCAAGAGCAAUAUUGUGAAGUCACAGACUUCCACUGAUGCUGAGAUAACAUCAGCUCUUGGACUACAGCAGACAGACGCUUCACCCCAGUGUCAUCGACGUACUCAGGCCCAAUCUCAGACCCAACUGGUGGAAAUUCAGCAGUCUACUCCAUUAUCAGCUGCAGUCUCACAACCAAACACCACCUUAGCUGAAAACCAUGACAAAUCCAUCAACCAGCAAGGCAUGGGAUCAGCACUCAAUGCCGACCAGCUUUUGCUUUUCCAACAGAAAGAGCAAAAGCAACAACUCCUUUACCAGCAGGCCCUGAAGCUCCAACAGGAGAAAGGCCUCUCGCUGACCUCUUCCAAUGGCUUGGCAACAUCGCUCACUGCCAACAGCGUCCCAACGUCUGUUAUUGUCAGCAGUGGGAUUGGAUCUGCAGUACAAACCAGCAGCAUCCUCAUGCCAGCAAGCACUGUUCUAAUGGAGCCCAAAAACCAAACAGUCUUACCUCAGAGUCAGCCCAGCCACUUUCUGCCAGCUUUGGCAAGCCAGGCAACCCCCAGUAUGAUCAGCAACCUCACAGACCUGAAUGUCGCCCUAAGUAAGGGGUCAAUACAAAUCCAAAUGGUUGGGAAAGGGAUUGCCCGCAUUAUGUCUGCAGGAAACUUGCAAUCAGCAUUGUUUGAAGAACCAGUUGGGAAUUUGAAACAGUCAGCAGCAACCACUCUAAACAGAGGAGACUUGUUACUUGAAAAGUUCUGCAAGGACCAGAGCUCUGUUAUACAACCUGAUUGCAACACUCCUUUUAAUUCCUUUGAGGACACAGUUUUCAGAUUGUUGCCCUAUCAUGUAUGUAAGGGCACACUACCAUCCAAUGUGGAUUUUAACAAAGUGGAUGAAGAGUUUGAGGUCGUAUCAGCUCAACUCCUCAAACGAACGCAGGUUAUGCUGAACAAAUAUCGGCUGUUGCUCUUUGAAGAAUCCAGGAGGACAAAACCCUCUGCUGAGAUGGUGAUGAUCGAUCGAAUGUUCAUUCAAGAAGAAAAGGUGGCUUUCCAGGAAGCUAAGCAACUGGCCAGGGACAGUCCUGAUGCAUAUAUCUCGUCCAUUUUCAAACCUAGAAUUACCAGCACUCUGCCAACCGCUUCUUGUCCCCUUGCGGCUCCCAAUGAGCAGGUUCAAAGUUCAACACAGGUCACUGACUCCAAGCUGGUUAUCAAACAGGCCAGGAGUUCACCCUCUGUCACCUGGGCAACAGCUUCGCCAGUGGGAGAUGUGGAGAUGGAGGCGCUCCCAAGUCGACCAAAGCCUCUGAAAACAUAUGUUGCCAGUAGCAGAGGCGGACUCAAGCUGAAGAUAAAGCAGGAGUCAGGUUACAGCAAGGUUGUCCACAACACAGCAUUAGAUCAGCUUUCUCCUCCACCCAUCCCGCGGAGCUCAGGAACUAAAGGCCCCAGCACUGUCACAGUGAUCCCCCUUAGACAAAGUAAUGGAGAUCUGAAUCGCAAAGUCCCUCCUCUAGCUGAGAAACGGCUGCUGGAACAUUUGGACAUCAGGGAUGCAUUGGAACAAAGGGACUAUCUUACCAAUCUUGGAACGUGUGAGAGGAAUUGUCCUGUUAGUUGCACUCCAAGUUUGGUGCCCGACCAAAGUAAAACAUCCCUCCUACAGAUCAAUUCUGAGCUUAAUAGAUCGAUCGAAUAUGAAAUCAACCAAAAAGCUGCUCUUGGCUCAGGCAGAAUGGACGGUGUUGCUCGGCCCUUGAAUUCUCAUGACAUGACUGCAGACAAUGGCUUCCAGAGCGUGAUGCAGGUCAAAACUGAGGAACUGGCAGGAGGGAAGACAGAUGACAGUACAAGCAACCUGAUGAAGGAGCUUGCAGAGGUGGAAGAUGCAUUUAGGCAAGGUCUGAUGAAAGUCGGCUCAGCAGAUGAUCUGCACUGGGAGCUGCCGCUCCCACAGCCUAAACGUCGCAAGUCUGACUCAGUGGACAAUGCCAGUUUCUCCAGUGACAGUCCCCAGGACAGCACGCUCAACGAACACCUACAGAGUGCCAUCAACAGCAUUUUGGACCUCCAGAGACUCCAAGCCUCAGAGGAGGAGCAGUCUGUAACUGGGCCUCCCAUUUCAGCAGAACUCGACAUCCCUCAGUUCUCCCCUAUGGCUUCCUCAGGGGAUUUCAUGGAACCUGAUCAUGACAGUGGCCUUGUUGAAGUGGCGACCUCCACUUUGGAAGAAGCAGUAAACAGUAUUUUAGGACCCCACGUGCAUUUCUACCGCAGAUCAAAGAGAGGAAACAGCUGUGAAUUAAGAAGCAUUGCCUGAUUCUUUGAUGUCUUUAAUUCCCUCACUCCAAUCAAUGUUGAUUGACGCUUGCCUGGGGUUAACGGAUUGCUAACAGCCUCAUAAUGGGUGGUCAUUGAUCUCCCAAGCCCAUUAAUAUCAACAAUGCACCUGUGCUGCCUCUCAGGUACCUGAAGUACCUGCCUGUUUAAGUGAUGGGCCACUCUCAAUAUGGAAUUCAAGGUCCUAGAAUGUAAAUAGGACCUGAUUGCUGUUUUAGGUCAGAGUUGGUCAGAUGGAGCCUGCAUUCCAAGUAGUCCCACAGGCAAUGGAAGAGAGCAGGCCUGGCAAAGGUGAAUGUUGACUUCGUGAGCCUUGGUGGAAGCAGGAGUGGUCCACAGAAAUAAUCCAGGCCUCUGCCUCUCUGGGGACACCACACUCCCCCCAUCUUGACCUGCACCUGCUUUCGUUCCUGCAGCCCAGUUUCCUUUGCUGAGUCUGGCAAGCUGGGUUGAUACCCGUUCAGCUCACCCGGGGAAUGUUAAAUGAGCCAGAGCAUCAGAAUUACAGGUGGGGAUGGGGGAGCAAUUGUUUAGUUAUUUGUUUUCUGCUUCCUUCAUUUUCUUGUUUGUUAGAGAAGAAACUAAAUUUAUUUGUGUGACAGUAAUCUCCCAUGUUCUUGAAGCAAUUUUUAUGGUUCUUUGUGCAAAAAUAAUUUAGUACAGAAUUUCUCAUAUUUGAUUCAACUAACAGGCAGAAGUGUCCGCAACCUCAUUUUAGGUAGUAUUUUUUAAAAGUCUGACAAAUAAUUUGAUUAUUUUUAAGUUGAAGAGGUCAUGUGUCCUUUAUUUGAAAUUUCUACUUCCUAGCUUGUAAUAUUAGUACAUUGUGGGGUGAGGAAUGGUUUUCUCUGUCUCACUAUAACCAUAUCAUAACCCUGUUGGGAAAGAAUCGGUUUAUCAUUUCCAUACACCUGAGACAUAGAAAAUCUUCCCUGCGGUUAAGUAUUGAAAAAUAAAGAACUUGCACCCUUCGGAACCUCAGGAUGUCCUAAAGCGCUUUACAGCUAA